CCUAUUAUAUCGUCUGCUUCCUCUGCUGACUAGAGCACUCGCAAUCUGAUCUGAUCGUUACCCUUGCCGCCACCGCCGCCGCCUCCUCGUCGCCGGCCAUGAUUCAGGCGGUGAUGGUGAUAAGCACCCAGGCCAAGCCCCGCCUCCUCAAGUUCUACAAUUUCCAGCCACCGGAGAAGCACCAGGACCUCGUCCGCAGUGUCUUCCAAUGUAUGCACGGUUGGCUUCCUCAUUUCUUCCCCAAUUUUGUAUGGUUUAUGUACCUAGAACUAUUGGAGUCUCUUGUUUCAGUACUCUCUGCAAGGCCCGACGGCGUGAGCAAUUUCGUUAAGGUGGACUCGAUCUUUGGCCCGGGAACAAAAAUGGUCUACAAGCAUUUGGCCACACUAUACUUUGUUUUUGUCUUUGAUAGCUCUGAGAAUGAACUCGCCAUGCUUGAUCUCAUACAAGUUUUUGUUGAAACAUUGGACAGAUGCUUCAAGAAUGUAUGUGAGCUUGAUAUUGUGUUUAACUUCAACAAGCUGCAUUCAAUUUUGGAUGAGAUGAUACUGGGGGGACAGGUGAUCGAAACAAGUUCAGAGCAAAUAAUGAAAUCUGUGGAAGAGAUUGCAAGACUGGAGAAACAAUCAAGCACAACCAGCCUCAUACCCAAGUCGAUUUCAGAGCGUUUCAGUCGUUAAGGUUUCACUUGCUUCCAGGACUGAACAUUUAUGGUGUGAUCAGAACCACAGAAGACAAUAUUGGCUCUCGAGAAUCGCCUGGACACAGUCACUUGUUAUUGAUCAAUAUGCAUGUCUCAUUGUAUCCUCUGUAUGGUGUAAAGCCUGUAACCUGAAUGUGAAUGCGGCAUGUCCAGUCCAGUACUGUCUGCUUAGACUUGUCUGAAUGUGCUUGCUGUGGUUCAAACAUUAUGCAUCUGUAGCAUUAUAGAGGGAUAGCUGGUUUCUCAUUCGCCUCUUGAUCUCAGCUGUAUGAACUUGGAUCGAUGUGAACUUUUUUGGGCCAGACGUUGGCAUUCAUAGAUGUAACUCUGCAUUGGGCUUCAUUUUA